AUGCCUUGGCCUUUUCGUUUAAUUGGAGUUCUGCGUCUGACAACUUCCCAUACAAGGGACAAUAAAACAAAAUCUAUCAGUUCUCAUUCAAGUCACAUUCAUCAUCAAAUUUGUGAUCCACCAACAUAUGGAUCGAGCGUCUCACAUAACCAUGAUAAACCUAUCACAGAUGAAGCUCCGAUUCAAAAUCUUCAUGUUAACCCUGAAAUUUCGACAGAAAACGUCAGGUGUACCCAUGGUACUGGAAGACUCAGUAUUAUCAGCACUACUUCUAUUACAGACUAUAAUGUUCAUCGUCCACCACCAGAGAACUCCAGGACAAGAAAGCGAAGUUUACGCCAUUACGCCUGUGUCGUUUUUACCACCAUAUUGGCAUUAGGUAUUCCAACAUUCAUAGUGUUAAUGACUUCAGGUGCGAUAUCGGGUCUGCAGCAUCAUACUGCGAACGAAUUGAAAAAUGAAACGAAAAGAUCAACAUUUCCAAUGUCAAACAGUGCAGGUGUUGUGCGAAGGAGACGAGAAGCUUCAAUGAAAGCCACUCAAAAAGACUUGGUUCACCCAAAUAACGAUGUAGAGAUAUCCAACCAGGCCAAGUCGACUUACGACUUAAAACAAGUCUUGAGGGAAUAUGAUACAUCAGUAAAUGAACGUCGAAAGUUUAACAGUCAGCUGAGGCAAAAACGUUAUCAUGACAUGAUGUAUAUGAUCAACUUUACAAGAAUGCAUUCUGGAUUACAUGAUCAUAAGAAUUUUAUUAAGAAGCUCAUAGAGACCAUUAUGAAAAACAUAAAAAACUAA